CACAAAGGAAGGCAAAGGAAGCAAAACAAAGCCAGGAAGACUCAUAUAAACAAAACAUGUUAUACAUUCACUGACUAAACUACAGAAAUAUUCGCCUGUAUGCGGUAAACGCGUUAAAUCAGCUUACAGCAGUCAGCUCCUCGGGAUGAACGGGAACUGUCCAGCGGCGGGCGGUGUGUUGUCGCUGGAGGGGCUACCGCCGCUGCCCAAAGGCCUCAGCGGGAUCCUGAACUCCAGCGGCGGCUCGUGGAGGGACAUGGAGCGGGUACACGCCAAGAGGGCCCGUAUCCAAGCUGACAUGUCCCGGAGCGGCACCGAGGCAGCACGACAACCACCGGGGAAGCGAGGAGGGCUGGACGCAGCGCUGGCUCUGCUUCGGAAAGAAAUGGUAGGUCUGCGUCAGUUGGACAUGUCUCUCCUUUGUCAACUCUGGUCCCUUCACGAGUCCAUCCAGGAGUACAAGGGCUCCUCUCUGCUUCACGAGGGCUCGUUUAGCACCGAAAACGUAUACUCAGAUGACGAGGAAGAGGAGGGAGGAGAGGAGGAAGAAGAGCUGACCCAACCUACCCCCACCACACCUCUGUCUCUACCCCCUCUCAGCCAUAACUCUCGGGACCAGUGGAUAAAAGACUCCUUCAAAAUACCAUGAAGUUUAAACUCAAAUAUGCUCAAGAAAUAUGCUCCAUACAAUCAACACCAUUUAUUUUUUUAUAUCUAAAUGUAAAGCUUUAAUGAGUAUUUUAUGUCUCAUUUAUCAAACUCCAUAUUCUGAGCAUGUGCCUUCACCUUUUUAGACAACUGAAUGUAGGCAGUUAUACAGUAUUUUGUUUUCAGGGACCAACAUGUCAAAUUGAUGGUUUAUGUUACUUUGAUUAACUUAAUUCAUUCACAUGUUUUAGGUGGGUUGGACAAAACUUUUAGAUAAUAACAUGUGCACUUCAACAUUUAAAAGUUCACUACAAUGUUGUGCCAUCAUGAGCUGUUUUUACAAAAUAUUUUAAUUUCACAUUCUUUAAACACAUUUUCUUUAUUUUAUUAAAAACAAUGUUGCGAAGUCCCAUUUGUGGAUCACAGUUUUAAGAAAAGACAACACUAGACCUCAUGUUUUUUAUUAACUAUUUUUUAACUCAACUUUUGGCAAUCACAAAUAAAAUAUACAUUGACUAAAUAUGGAAACUU